AUGGACGGCUAUAACCGACCCAUGGGCUUUUCUGAGAGGAGGGGAAGCAUCUUGACCGAGGAGUUGGCACUCAAUACCGGCAAUACCACCAUGAGCAAUCCGAGGAUAGAGAAGCUGCCGCAACAACACGCUCGACAGAUGAGAGGACCCCCUACUCCCAGCAUGCCCACGCCCGCGACAGACUUUGACCAACAAUUGACGGGAUCACCACCGCCGCCUCCUACACCAGCCGCUUCUCCGGGUCCGGCGCAAUGUCAGCCUGAUUGGAGUGACGCUGCAGAUGACGAAGAUUUUUUUCUGGCCAAGGUUCGCCAGCACUUUAAGAACUGCUCAGGGCCUCAACGCACGAGGGUCCUGGCCGAUUUGCUCAACCUUUGCACCAGUCAGCAGUUGAGCUUCGUACACCAAUUUGUCAGCCCACUGCUCAAAAAGGAUCCCUUUACCAGCUUACCGGACGAACUGUGCUUGAGGAUUUUGUCCUUUAUCGAUGACCCCAAAGUUUUGGCUCGGGCUUCACAGGUAUCAAAACGAUGGCGAGACCUCCUCAGCGACGACAUGACAUGGAAAAACCUUUGCGUCAAACACGACUAUGGCCGCCGAUUGUCCGAAAUCAACGCCCCAUCGCCAGUUUUGCCAAUGAGGUCGGCUGCGCAUGCUCUGGCCAAUGCCGACUAUGAUAUGGUAACCAGCAGCAGCUUUCCCGGUUCCUAUCCGCUUUCUGGACACAACUCUGGAUCCAGAAGUUUUGACGGCGCCAUGGCACGACCCAAGCUUCGGUCGUACAAAUCCCACUUUAAACAGAGAUAUUUGGUCGAGGCCGCAUGGAGAUCAGGCGGAACCAGUGUUCACCGCAACAUCACGCAGGAAGGUGGCGUCGUCACCAGCUUGCAUUUGACGCCAAAAUACAUCAUAGUGGCUCUAGAUAACGCCAAGAUUCACGUAUUUGACACAAAUGGCGACUCCCAACGCACAUUACAGGGACAUGUGAUGGGAGUCUGGGCCAUGGUGCCUUGGGAGGAUACCAUGGUGAGCGGUGGUUGCGACCGUGACGUCCGCGUAUGGGACCUUAAGACCGGCGCAUGUCUCCAUACACUGCGUGGGCACACUUCUACGGUGAGAUGCCUCAAGAUGGCUGAUGCCAAUACCGCCAUCUCUGGCUCUCGCGAUACGACUCUUCGGAUUUGGGAUAUAAGAACAGGGCUGUGCCGCAAUGUACUGGUCGGGCAUCAGUCGAGCGUACGAUGCUUAGAAAUCAAGGGCGACAUCGUUGUUUCAGGCAGCUAUGAUACCUUUGCAAGAGUAUGGAGCAUCUCGGAAGGGCGUUGUCUUCAGACCCUGCAAGGUCACUUUAGCCAGAUAUACGCCAUUGCUUUUGACGGGAAGCGAGUAGUCACUGGCAGUUUGGAUACCAAUGUCCGGGUUUGGGACCCUACCACUGGUGAAUGUCUCGCGAUCCUGCAAGGUCAUACAUCGCUGGUUGGGCAAUUGCAAAUGCGUGGAGACACUCUUGUCACAGGAGGAUCUGAUGGAUCGGUUCGAGUUUGGUCACUGGAAAAGAUGUGUCCUAUUCAUCGUCUCGCCGCGCACGACAACAGCGUGACCAGCUUACAGUUUGAUGAUACCAGAGUUGUCAGUGGAGGUAGUGAUGGCCGUGUCAAGAUUUGGGAUCUUAAAACCGGUCACCUCGUCCGAGAGCUCAUCGCCCAAGGAGAAGCAGUCUGGCGAGUUGCAUUUGAAGACGAGAAGUGCGUUGCUUUGGCCCUGAGACAAGGUCGCACAGUGAUGGAGGUUUGGUCAUUCUCGCCACCUGAAGAACAACUCUAUGAGCGGCCGCUGUCACUUCAACAGCGCAUCCUCGAGGAUAACCCAAACCGGCCUUUGAGUGCCAUGGCACUCGACUAUAGAGCUGGAGAAGCAGCUGUUGCAGGAUCAAGCCGUGAUAACCAAGACGUCGACAUGCAAGAUGCUGGACCUGCGGCAGGCCCAUCCACAGCACCGCUGCAGGGCGGAAACAAAACGUUCUUUCAUGACGACUAG